UAAUGGUGUCGGUUGUUAUUAUUCGCUUCACCGGCUCAUCCUGAGCAUCGACUUUAAAAAAGGUCCGGGAAUCAUAUGGACCUCAACUGCGUUCAGUUCGUCAGUUCUUUUUCAGUGGAGAAGAGGGAGUUCUGCUGCUAAGCCUUGAAUUAUGGCAGCGACUUUACUGGUGGCACUUAUGGUCUUUAGUUCAGCCUCCUCCCAGACAGAAGCCCCCGGCGGUUGCACAGAAGAGCAAGUGAAUGGAUGCACCCAGCCGUACAGAGAGUAUAUCGAGAACCUCGAUGACGGUUCAAAGGACAAAAUUGUCCCUGACCACGAUGAACAUACCAUGAGGAACAUUUGCAGAAACUAUGCUGUCAUGGAAUCCUGCCUCCAGCCGUUGAAAAUCAUCUGUGACACUCCACAAACGCAGAUAGUUUUGAAGGCAAUCGGGGCUCUCGAGGGAGGCAUGGGAUAUCUUUGUAAUGAGUCUCUGGAUGACUACGUCAAGCACGUCUCGUGUUUCAGCGACCCCGCAAGAACUCCAGUGAUAAAUAGGUGCCGCUACGAGCAAAACGAACGUCUCAUCUUGAUAACACAGGAUAAAGGUCUAAGCAAACAGGACAGGCAGUUCAAAACUUGCGAGUAA